AUGUGUGUUUCCUCCCCAGAUAAUGAAGACCAUGAAGAAAGUGAUAGAGAAGCUCGAGAUCUAUUAAGAGCUGGGUUCAGAAAAGGAGGUCCAUUUGAGAUUGCUCCAAGAGCAAAAAUAGGUCGAAAUUUUAUGUCUAAAUCUGGACGUCGACCCGGACAAAGAUACGGAGGAUUAUCAGUUGGGGCUGGCGCUCGUUUAGGUUUCGGAUAUGGAGCAGAAACAGGUGCAAGAGCUUUUGGCGCUGGUCUUAUGUACGGUGCAGGAAAAGCUAAAGCUUCCAGUAGAUUCGGUUAUGGAUACGGAUCAAGGUUAGGAAAAGCUAAAGCUUCCAGUAGAAUCGGUUUUGGAUUAGGAUCAAGUUUAAGAAAAGGUCAAGCUGGAUUAGACUCCAAUCGUUGGUACGGAGCAUCGAGCAUGGGCAAAAGUGGGUUAAGACUUACUUCUGCAUCUAAAGCCAAUGCAGGCAAAAGAAUCUAUGAAAGGCUUCCUGGAUACAAAGCUGGAGCAGGUCAAGAAGACUAUGGUGCCGGGCUUUGGUAUGGAUCGGAUAUGGCUAAAAUGGACUACGAACCCAUUGAAGAAUUGGAAGGAAAACAAGAUCAGUUUGACUACGAAACCAAUGCUGACAUGGAAGGAAAAGCAGGUCAAGUUGGUUUGGGCGGCGAAUAUUUGUAUGACGAAGAUGAAGAUGAAAAUGAUUUUGGCUUCAAUGGUCUUUGGUCUGGAGCUUUAAAAGGAAAAUACAUCCCCGGAAUGAAACCUGGAUCAAAAUUUGGAGCAGGUCAAGAUAUUUUGGACACUGGUACAUGGUUUGGGGCAGACAAAGGGUAUAUUGGUGAUGAAGAAAUGUAUGACGAAUACAUAGGCGACGAUGACAUUGGCUUGGAUGCUGCUUCCAACUUUGGAGCAGGUGCUUACGGCUCUGUUAUUGGAGCAGGCAGGGGUAAAAUUGCCUAUGGAGCACGUCUUGAUUCUAAAGUUGGUGCAGGCAAAAUAGGUGCCGGAGCGCGUCUUAUGUCUAAGGCUGGAGCAGAUGCAUAUGGAGGUUCUGCUGCAUACUCUGCAGUUAAUGCUGGAGGAAGGGCUCGUGCUAAACUUGGAGCAGGGAAAGCUUUCUAUGGAAAAAUUGCUGGUUCUAAGUUUGGAACAGGUCAAGCUGGUUAUGGUGUUGAUUCCGGAUAUGUAGCAGGCACAGGUCAAGAUGAUUAUGGUGCUGAUGCUGAGUAUGGAGUAGACACUGGACAAAUGGGUUAUGAUGAUAUUCUGGAACAACGCAGCAGCCAUAGGGGAAGGUGGUUUGGAUAUUGGUUCGGCAUAUGGAGUAGCAAGAGGUCCUGGAGUUAACGGAAUGGGCCCUUAUGGACCAGGUCCUGGAGUUUACGGAAUGGGCCCUUAUGGACCAGGUGCAAAAGGCUUCGGAAUGGGCCCUUAUGUACCAGGUGCUGGAGUUUACGGAAUAGGCCCUUAUGGACCAGG